UGGAGCUCCACGAGUCCCAUUGAAAAGGCUGACUAGGGAGAAGGCUGACUAGAGAGAAGGUGACCAGCUGACUACAGGCAUGCACACUCUGUACCAGCACAUGAGAACAGUUGAGGUGGCACCAUGUAGCAAUCCCUGGCGCAUGGCCUGUCUACUGGGAAUUUUCAACUUCCUGGGGUCGGUCACACCCCUCCAUGUGGCUCCCGUGAUGACUGGCCUCCGCUCUGCCUUUUCAGCCACGCGGACCAAUAGCAUCCUGGGAGGCACUCAGAACGCUGUGACCUUCAACAAGCUCCUAGUCAACACAGGGAGUGAUUUCAACCCAGACACGGGCCACUUCCGCUGCAGAAUCCCUGGAGCCUAUUACUUGUCCUUCACGUUGGGGAAAUAUCCCAAGAAGAUGUUGUCUGUCAUACUGGUGAAGAAUGGGCAGGAGGUGCAGGCUAUAGCCUAUGACGAUUACAAAAAGAAAGGGAGGAAGGUCCAGAGUCAAAGUGUCAUGAUCAGCCUGAGGGCCAUGGACACAGUGUGGCUGAUGCUGCAGGACAGUCCUCAGUAUGCUCUAUACAGCAAUGCUGGACCUUACAUCACCUUCACCGGUUACCUGGUGUACCCCGACAUCUCCACCACUGGCUAUCUCAACAACCACCUAUCCCUGUCAGGGCAGCCCUACCCCAACUCCAACUGUCCCCCUCCUGGAGACCACAUGUACGGCUGGAGCGGUAGUGCUGAGGCCCCUGUGGAGCCUCGCUCUGCCUUCUCCAUGGCCAGGACAUCCCCGGUCCUGGGGGAGAAUGGUGGCGGGCACCAGGAGAAGGAGCCUCUGACCUUUGAUGUGGAGUACGUCAACAUUGGAGGGCACUUUAACAAGACGUCGGGCCGCUUCACCUGCCGCUACCCUGGUGCCUACUACUUUGCCUUCACUGUGGGGAAGCACCCGCGCAGGGCAGUGUCAGUCAAGCUGAUGACAGGCCAAGGCGAGGUGCAGGCGAUGGUGUUUGACGAGGAUACGUCCAGGAGGAGGGAGAUGCAGAGCCAGAGUUUGCUGCUGUCGCUCCAUAGGGGGGACAACGUGUGGCUCUACAGCCAGCAGGACGAGCGCUACGCCGUCUACAGCAACCAGGGACGCUACACCACCUUCUCAGGCUUCCUGGUCUACCCAGACGUUGAGCCCACCACCACCACCAGCCAGGACCUGGACAGAACUCACUUCUGAGGGCUCGGAGUUAGUUCUUCAAAACACACUGGACCCUCCUAGAAAAUGUACAUGGUGCUAUGGUUACAAAAUCUAAUUUGUGAAAGUGUGAAUGUCAGUGCUAAGUUGCACUAUGCUUCAUAGGCUUUGUUUAGAACCGCUGUAGUCAGCUUCUGGGUGUGGAUGGAACAACAACAGUAGCAACCUCUAAACAAUGGGGCAGAGAUGUACAUAUAUUAUACACAUCUUAUACACAGAUACACAUUUGUUGGCCAUUUAUUGAUUUUAUAGUAUUAUAUCAUUCCACAAGAUGGGGCUGGGAGUUCAUUUUUUGGAUAUAACGACAAGCUUAUGACAUUAUUACACAUAAUCAUGUAAUGUUUCUCUUAAUUACCAAAUUGUCUGUGGAUAAGUGGGUGAUUUUCUGUUUUGUUUUUUUUAAACCAAAGUUAUGGGUUAUAUGUUAGUAUAUGAUGCUGGAUCAUUAGGAUUCUUUGGAUACCUCAUGUUUUUUUUCUCUCAUUCACCAAAAACUAUGUGUUACAAUAAGUAGAGCUUUCCUAGGUAAUCUUUAUAUAUACAGACUUGCUUAGGGACAUAAUUAUUUAUCCUUACUGAGCAGAUGUGUUUGCAAAACUCAGAAAACCAUUUAAUCAUUUAACUUGUGUAGUGAUUGCAUUGAGUAGACUACUAUGUAAAUACUGCAUAGUUUGCCUGAAUGACUGUAUGGACUUAGAUAACCUGAAUGUGAUGUAGUUAUGAAUGUUUGAUCUAUUCUGAAUGCAUAGUGAAAGAAUAUUUAUUAAAGGAGAAGUUUACCCAAAAUCCAGAAACUCCCAAGUGUAUUCCAUACAUUGAAACUAGUUCAGGGAGUUUGCCCUCUCUCCCUCUCUCUCCCUGUAGGUCAACUGACUUGUGACAUUGAUGGAUGCAGGCCUCGCUAUGCUCUGUUGCCAGUUAAUUCAUGAUUCAGAAAUCUGUGAAGUGUGGACAAAUUCAUUGUUUUAUUGAAGGCGUAUGGCCGAAUCAGCUAUUUGUUUUGAGUCAGGAUAUGUGUACUUUUCCACCUAAAACAUUUGCGAUUAUUUUACAUAAUUAUUUCAUGUAGCCGACUGCCACAGCGCAUGUGCGCUCUUGGGGGAAUCCCUGCACUGUAUGCCCUUCUUGACAGGUGCCCAUGGUGUCCUCGAACCGAGCCUGAGUAUUCGGAUGAAGAAUUGAGGCAAAUUAAGCUUCAGAUGGCCGCUGCUGCUUUACAUGCUGACCAGACCGGGCGUUGCAAAAUAAAUGUAGAAAUCCAUGUUAUUCAAUUAUUGCAUCCACACUGCUCGCACGAGCCAACAAGCGUCUGCGUUGCCGAGGGCUAA